AUGGCUUUUCUGUUGGGCGCGCUCGGUGCGCUAGCCCUUGUCAGCCGCACGGGUGGCACAGACAACACGAAUGGCCUAAGUUCAGAUGGAGUCCAAGAAUUGGAGUACACAGACGUCGAUCUUGGUCUCACACAAAGAGGACCACACUUCGACGUGGCAUACUCAAGAAAUGUCACAGCCCUGGUUGGGAAGACAGCACAGCUGAACUGCAGGGUCCAUGAUCUUGGUAACAGAACGGUGUCAUGGAUCAGGCAUCGAGAUAUACAUCUCUUGACCUCUGGAAGGAUGACGUAUACUUCGGACCAGAGGUUCAUUAGUGUCCACAAUCCUCACACCGAAGACUGGAUACUCAAGAUAAGGUUUCCGCAGCGGCGCGACUCCGGCAUCUACGAGUGCCAAGUCGGCACCACUCCGCCGAUAGGUCACAGAAUGUACCUCUCCGUUGUUGAACCACUAACGACAAUUCUGGGAGGACCUGAGCUGUUUAUCAACAUGGGCAGCACCAUCAACUUGACAUGUGUCGUCCAACACUCGCCAGAACCACCACCAGCGAUACGCUGGACCCACAAUGACGAGGAAAUCAACUACGAUUCUCCCCGUGGCGGUGUAUCAGUCAUCACUGAAAAGGGUGAGAUGACCACGUCCCAUCUUCUCGUGCAAAAGGCGAAGAUGCCCGACUCCGGCCGGUACACCUGUGCACCGGCCAACGCUAACCCUCGAUCUGUUCUUGUUCAUGUUUUAAGUGGAGAACACCCAGCUGCAAUGCAGCACGGAGGUCAGCUACGUCUCCAGUACCCACUCUCCGCAGCCUUUCUCAGCGUAAUCGUCACUCUUAUGGGCUGCUAGUAAUUCGAGAGAAUCAGUAUUAUGCAAUAAUAUGCCACUAAAAGAUUCAAGAAUAGAAAUCAAAUUGUUUUUUUUUUUAACUUUUAUUUAAAAUUAAAUAUUUAAAGUUGUAAUUUAACGAGAGUAAAGAAUGUA